AUGUCGGGCAACAACUCUGGUAAUAGCAAUACUAGUAGCAGCUACCUGGCCCAGCAGUUCCAGGUCACGGAUCAGCAUCUACAGCAACAGCAACAGCCAAGUCAACAACAACAACAAAGUCCACAGCAGCAAAACGCCAGCCGGACUCCCCAGCGCCAACCUCGGGUCGAAACCCCCAUCCACCCUCCUCCGAUCCCGCCCCAGCGAUCUACUCAGCAACAACAGCAGCAACCACAACAACCGCAACAACAACAACCUCAACAAUCACCACAACCGCCGCAAUCUCAACAAUCACCACAACAACCGCAACAGCAACAGCUGCCAAACCUCUUUGCACCUCACACCCAGUCACAGUUGCAACAGUUGGCUCUCCAAACAUCUGCGCCCUUAUACCACCAGAUCCUACCUACCCAGAAACCUCGAACACCCGAAGAGAUCCUACGAGAUCAGCAACUAUCCGGCAAUGCGUACUGGGGUGCCCAGGCAAACUAUCCCAACCAACACCAAUGGCUUCAAAAUGCCAAGUCUCCCGAGGCCGACGGGCAGCAACAACAUCAAGCACAAACCCACCACCAGCAGCAGCAGCAGCAGCAACAACCUCAGCAACAACAACCACAACAACAGCCGCACUCGAGUCUAGCGGCAGCACAGUUUAACCCACCGCAGAAGAACUUGACACCCGAGCAACAAGCAUGGCUGGAAAGAAAGGCCCAGGAACGGGAACAGCAGCGCGCUGAACAAGAGGCAAAGUCACGGCCCCAGCGCAGCAAGGGGAUGACUCGCCAGCAACACCAGCAAUUCCGCCAGCAACAGCAACAGCAACAGCAAGAUAAAUUCUAUGCGCAUGAUCCGCUGAACCACCCGGCCUUUCAAGUUGACCACCACCAGCAGCAGCACUCACAGGGUACCAAUGGUAAUGGUACCCCAGACGAGACAAUGCUUGACGAGGAGGCAGCGGAGGAACACGAAGACGAGGACGAGGACGAGGAAGACGAGACCAUGAACGACGUCAGCUCCAACAACGACACGCCCCAGCCCAACGGCGGCGGUAGCGACGGAACCGCCAACCCCGCGGACGGCCAAAACCUGAUUCCGGAUGCGAACGGAAACCUGCCCGGGUCAGCCGACUACAAAGCUCCUCUCGUGCAGCCCAUCACGCCGCUCCGUCUCCCCUCCGUACGUCCUAACCUGAUGCUCGGGCCCUACGAUACGCGCGAGCAAGCCAUGAGCUCCGUCAUGGAGUACGCCAUCAGCCAGGGCUACAUGCUGGUGCAAUCCGGGUGCGCCAAGGCCAAGAACCCAGGCGGCAAGUAUGCCAAAGGCUCCGAAGUAGUGCGGGUCGAUCUGAUGUGCGACCGCGGCGGCACGUGCAAGAACAGUGGCACGGGCAUCCGCAAGCGCCCCACGCACAAGAUUGGGUGUCCGGCCAAGAUGAAGCUGGUGUGCAAGAAGCGGCACGCGAGCAAGUGGUUUAUCGAGGUGCGGUGCGAGGAGCACAAUCACGAUCUGGAUCCCAACAAUAUGGAUUCCAUUGCCAGUUACCGUCGGUAUCGGAGGUUGCAGGCCGGUGGACGCGCGCUGGAGACGCAAUCGGAACGGUAUGCGAGGAUGAAGAAGCCCAAGGUUAUGCCGCCGGUGCCGCCGCCAAAGUUCCAUCAGGUCGGUGGCGGCGGGGUGGUGGGUAACCCCGUGUUCCCGCUGGGACCGCCGUCGGGACCGUUGCACAUGGCGGCGUUGAAGGGGCAGAAUAAGAUCUUGGAGAUUCUGAUCAACAAGGGAGGUGACAUUAAUGCGCAUGAUAGUACGGGACGGACACCGCUGCAUUGCGCUAUCGAGGGUGAGCGGAUGGAUACGGUGACGCUGCUGGUGAAUAAGGGUGCGGAUGUGACCAAGUUGGAUUUGAAGGGGACGAGUCCAUUGCAUGCGGCGGUGUCAAAGGGGAUGGAGGAUGCGGUUGUCUUGUUCAUUGAGAAGGGCGCGGAUCCGAACAGGUAG